AUGAGACAAUACUCUACAAGUUCACAGAUUCAUACUGAAGAACAAGAUAUCAUAGAUUGGAUAUUAUAUAAAAAUAUUUCUGUACUAAAUUGUUAUCUCUAUGUUCUAGCGUUAGAUGGUGGUUGUGUCGACUCCUUUGGAAGAAUAUGUGGAUGCCUGAAUCCUUCAAAUACAACACAUUCGAUAGAAUGCUGUGGAGACAAAAUAAUACAAUUAGAAUUUACUGGAGAAACUAUUAUCUACCAGCGUACAGAUUCAACCUGUAAGCCUUCAAAUGUAACGGUUCCAUGUGUAACCAGUGAUAACAGGAAUAGUUUAGACCUUGGAAACAAAGUAAACAUCUAUAAUAACUGUAGUGGACAGAAACAAUGUGAUGUACAUUUACAGGCAUCUAUUGAUAUAAUGAUACAAACUCCAGUUACUUGUGAACCAGGCAGCGGGUCGAAAGUAGAUGUAUUUUGCAAUGGUAACCAGAAAGAUGUGACAGAGAAACCGAGUCCUAGCUAUGAAGAGAAUUGUAUGUUGGUUUGCAAAGAAGGAGAUGAAAUUAAACUCUACAUCAUGUUUGGUAGUAUUUUAGCUGCUGUGAUUGUCAUUAAUAUUGUCUGUAUUGGAGUCUACUGUUGCAUCAGAAAUCGUAAAACACCGAAAGAAACAACUACCAAUGUGGCAAUGUCAAACCGUGGGGAAAACGAUUAUGACAACCCACACCACAACUACCUUCAUGUAAUCGAUGAUCCGGUUGCCGAUUACGAACAACUUCCGACUUAA